UGUUUUAUAUUCUGUGGCGCCAUCUAGUGAGAUGCUAACAUGUAACACUAAAACUAGAUCUCCUAGGCUACCUUUCGAGAUUAAGGAUAAUUUAAAAUUUAGAUCUGCGCAUGUCACACAUUUCAUUUCUUCUGAACGCGAGUAUUCUUACAAGAGGAAAAACGUGUUUUUUUCUCAGUAUUUUUAGUGAUAUUGCUUUUAGAAAUUCGUGGGACUCCUAUGUGAUGAAAAUUUGUACACACUUUCUAAGGCUUUGUGACAAACAGCAAAUACUGAGCAGAGACAGAGAGAUUCGUUUUGGUAUAGACAGCCCCAUCGCCUGCCUGGACUCACCCAACAGCCUCAGCGCUGCUUCCAAUGUGACAGAGGCGUCCAUCUCGAAGGAUCUAGACUACGAUACUGUGGAUGCUGGUUGCAGAAACUGGCAAGCUAAUAUUGCAUUGCCAGAACAAGACAUACACACAUCAUCAACAAUGACAGAAGUUGACACGUAUCAUGGCAGCACCAUCCGGUGUAAUCUGCCCACAGUCUCAGAAACAGUGCCCGUUCACUACAGCUGUUCCCAGUCUUCCUUGUCCAACUCUUCAUCGAUGGACAUAACAGAGCAGAUUCCCUGGAAAGAUGGCAUCGUAGACAGCGUCUUCCAAAGAAAAUUUUCCAGAAGAAACUUUAUCAAAUUCCCACCAACUGGAAAGAUCGAGGAACCAGACGAUGCCAGUUCUUUCGUCAAGGAAUCUGAUAAAGCAUCUAGCUGCUCCGAUGCUGACACCAUCAUGAGUGACUCUUCGUCCAGUACGAGAACCUCUGUAGAAAACACUGAGACCGCUCUGCAGAAGCAUGUUUCUUUCCUUGAAGAUCUUUCAACCAGCUCAUCUACCUUGGAAACAAGACCAAGGAUCCAUAUUCGUCUCAUGCGUGCCAGGGCGGCAUCUGUUUCUAACAUAUCUCUAGCAGACGAUUCAGUUGUUCAGGAAACAAGUUUCUUAGCUUCCAGCACGGACAAUAUUUUAAGUAGCUCCCAAAAUUUGAACACUACACCAAAUAGCGACUCCUCUAUGAAGCGUAAGGGAUAUCUUAAAAAAAUAAAAACACUUUUCCAGUCCAAGUCUUCCAAAAGUUUAUCAAAUUUAAUGAAUCUUUCUAACGAUCAACUAAGCAGAUCCCUGGAAGAAAUUCAUUUCAAGCAGUCAAGGUCGCGAACGUCAUCAAGUUCAUCCGAAGUAAUAAAUGAUAAUAGUUCCGACAACGGCCUUAAAUCCACAAUGAACCCAGUCUUUCCAUUGGAUUUAAAUUCUGGGAAAGGGAAAGUAGAAACCGCUUCCUUGCACAAGUCUAGCAUCAAAGUGAACAAAGCUAGUUCAAGGAAGUCUAUUCAAAAACGAGUGGACGAAGUGAUUCCGGAAGAUGAAGAUUCACCUGAGAAUAGAUUUGAAGCUGAGACUUCAUUAGUGAAGAGCUACUCUUUGCUUCGAUCGCAGUCACACGAUGCGGCGACGGUGAACUUUAGCAGGAUUCCUAGCGUCCGGAUGCGGCAGUGCCAUUUGCGAUUCCUGUACCACUUCACGACGACGCUUCCGGCAGACGGCACGCUGGAAACGCACGCAGUGAAGGAAGCCACUCACAUUCAGCCCUUGAAGGGUGGAGAGUCUGUGGUGACGGAUGUUCUUUCCAACAAACUCGUCCUCUUUGACAGCAGAGGCUUCCCGAAGGUGACGUUCGCCGUCGAGGCCGGGUCUGAACCGUGGGCCACGUGCGUGACUCCCGAAGGGGCGUUGGCCGUGACCCUCAAAAGGCAAGGCUGUGUGUCUCUGUGGUCAACAUCUGGUGAACCAAUCAGGGAAUUCGGCCAACCUGAGCUGUCAACGCCUACAGGGAUUCAGUGCGACACCAAAGGAAGAUUUAUUGUCGCAGAUGAGGAGGCCAAUGCGGUACUAGUGUUUAAUAAGUUUGGCAAGUUUCUCUCCGAGCUCUCCGCCCCUGUCACCGCCAUGAAAGAGAACGUAGAGCCCUUCACCCACUACCAAGCCGGCCACAUCUCCGACGCUGGAAGCUUUUUUCAUCACCCGAGGUACAUCUGCACGACUCCAGACGGACACUACGUCAUCUCCGACUCGGCCAACCACUGCAUCAAGGUCUUCGACCCGGCCUUCAACUUCAAGUUCCAAUUCGGCAGCUUCGGCAAGCAGGACGGUCAGUUCAAAUUCCCUUACGGGGUGGCCAGCGACGGUGACGGACACCUCUACGUGGGCGACCACUACAACAACCGAGUGUCCAUGUUCAGUCCGGAGGGACACUUCUUGGAGCACGUCUUGACCUCGCAGGACGGCAUCACCAGGCCAGCCUGUCUAGCCGUCAUGAACAGUCGCCUGUACGUCACGCACGGGGACCUCAGGUCCAAUAAGGUCACGGUUUACCACAUCUCAAAGGACCAUUCCAAAAAAGUAAACCCAGACACACAGCGCUAAUCUAACACAGACUGUUAUAAAUCAAUUUAAUGCGGACACACAGCUCUAAUCUAACACAGACUAUUAUAAAUCAAGUUAAUGCGGACACACAGCUCUAAUCUAAUACAUACUGUUAUGGAUCAAUUUACUGCGGACACACAGCUCUGAGACACACUGUUUUGAGUCAAUUUACUGCGGACACACAGCUAUGAGACACACUGAUUUGAGUCAAUUUACUGCGGUAAAAUCUUUCUGAAAUUGUCAGUCAUUGUAAAGUUGUUAAGCUGUUCAUAAGGAAUUCCUUGAGUAAUUUGUGUUCAUUCAUUAUUGUUUAUAUACCAUACUUAUGCUUUAUGUUUUAAUUGUUUUAGCAUACAGUAAUUUAAUACAACAAUUCACUUGUCCUAAUGUUGUUGUUUUUUUAUAGCACACUCUGUAGCUUAUAAGAAAGCUGAGGGGAAAAAUCAAUACAAAUGGGAGGUAACUGUCUUCGGACACACUAUUUACGAUAUACUGCUUUGCUCCCUUCUAUAAAUGUAAUUUUUUAUUGCCUUCUAUCUUGGUAAUUUAUUACUAGUAGAAGUCAUCCACUAUAAGUCUUAGUCUUAGUCUUAAUCUAUAGGAUACAUUCAAAAUGAAAAAAAAAAAAAAACAAAUAUGUAUUAGUUUACUAAAUGUGUAACCAAUGAAAUAUUGAUUUUUCCCUUCGGAACGAAAUUUGUUUUUCAGAGAUAACCUUAAAAAGAAAAAAAAACAACUCUACUUCAUAAUGAAUAAUUAUAGUUUAAAAUAUUAUAUUUUAAGAUAAUGGUCAUGUAACCAAUGUAAGAAAACACGCUCUUAAUCAUUUUCCUGUACAAUUUCGAUUGAAAUCUAGAUCUAACAAUUGGAAGCAAUGUUGAGAUGUCAAUCAUAUUAUUUGCCCGGAAGUCAUAAAGAAAACUAUAAUAAUCGCAAAUAAUUUAUCGCAUAUUCUUUUAAAUAUGCGGAUCAGGAAUAUGGAAAUGGUGUUGUUUUUAAAACCUAAACUCUUGCUUAGUCUGUUCUUUUAUAGCAGCAUUGUAAUUAAAUAGCAUUUUGAAAUGAAUAAAUACAAACUGUUUCAUUUGAAAGACUAUGAUUUCGUUGUUUAAGGCAUUAUUUACCUCAAGUUUUGUAAAUGUGUUUUAGGUUUGCCAUACGUGAAUAUAGAUAUUAUAUAUUAUAAUCAUGUAUUAAAAUAAAUAUCCACAAACUUUCGA